CAAAGCCAUUGACCUUUGCCGAUUGUGUUGGGGACGAACUUCCUUUAGGAUGGGAAACUGUAUAUGAUAAACAAAUUGGAAUUUAUUAUAUGGACCACAUAAAUAAGCUUACUCAGAUUGAGGAUCCAAGAGAACAGUGGAGGCGAGAGCAGGAACGGAUGUUGAAGGAGUAUUUAAUUGUAGCCCAGGAGGCUCUCAAUGCCAAGAAAGAAAUAUACCAGAUCAAGCAGCAGCGGUUCGAGCUGGCCCAGGAGGAAUACCAGCAACUGCACAAACUGUGUGAGGACGACAGCCGCUCGUAUGCCAGCUCCUUCUCUGGAUAUUCAACAAAUACAAAGUAUGACCCACACCAAAUUAAAGCAGAAAUAGCAAGUCGUCGGGAUAGGCUUUCCAGAUUAAAACGAGAGCUGACCCAGAUGAAGCAGGAACUACAGUACAAAGAAAAGGGCGUGGAGACCCUGCAAGAGAUUGAUCGGAAGAUGUCAAAUGCUCACACCAACUACAAACUAGAUGAGGCGCAAGCUAUAAUGAGUGAGCUGCGCACCAUCAAGAAAGCCAUUUGUAUGGGUGAGAAGGAGCGGCGGGACCUGAUGCAGAGCCUGGCCAAGCUUACCGAUAGCUUCAAGAACAGCUGCUCUAUUACUGACUCUGUCCAAGAUUUCCCUCACAGUGCAGGCGCACUUGGUGAUUCUGGUGUUCCUCAACAGUUCUGUGAUGCUGGCUCACAGACUGAUACCAUGGGGGAGUUUGUCUUUGAUGAUAAAACAAGACUUGUAGACCGAGUCAGACUUAAUUGGCAGUAUGAGGAAGCCCGAAAGAGGGUCACAAACAUUCAGCAGCAGCUGGCCCAACUUGCUAAUGAGUCGUGGCCAGGCAUGGCUGAGGCUGACAGGGACCGACUGCAGAUCAUCAAAGAGAAGGAGGCCCUGCUUCAAGAGCUACAGCUCAUCAUUCAGCAGUGGAGGUCAGCUGAAGAUGUGGCCAGGCUGGAGGAGGAGAAGAGGCGCUUGGAGGAAGAGAUCCAGCGUGCGCGGGCCACAUCUGCACAAGGAGCCACAGAAAGAAUUCUACUUCAAGAAAAAAGAAAUUGUCUACUUAUGCAGCUGGAAGAAGCUACCCGCUUAACAUCUUAUCUCCAGUCCCAGUUAAAAAGCCUGUCUGCCAGCACCCUGACAGUGUCCUCUGGGAGCAGCCGCGGGUCCCUGGCCUCCAGCCGGGGCUCACUGGCCUCCAGCCGUGGUUCGCUGAGCUCAGUCAGCUUCACCGACAUCUACGGCCUCCCUCAGUACGAGAAGGCCGAUGCCGAGUGCGGCCAGCUUCUACGCUUCGAUCUGAUUCCUUUUGACUCCCUGGGACGUGAUGUCCCCUUCUCAGACCCUCCCGGCCACCCGGGCUUCCACAAGCAGAGGCGGUCCCUGGACACGCCCCAGUCGCUGGCAUCACUGUCCUCCCGCUCCUCCCUGUCCUCUCUGUCGCCCCCCAGCUCACCCUUGGACACGCCUUUCCUCCCGGCCUCGCGGGACUCUCCUCUGGCGCAAUUGGCGGAUGGUUUUGAAGUGCCGGGCCUGGGUGCCCUAGACAGACUGCGAGCCCAGGCCUCUGCUUUAGGGGACGAAGAUUUGCAGGGCACCGCAUUGCUUCAACCACAUGGAUUCUCUGGGGAUGGGGAAGGACCUCGUGAGCGUGGACCCCAACUGGCUGGGGCACCCACCAGUGCAACAGUGACUCUUCGGGAAGACAGUGCCAAGAGAUUGGAGAGGAGAGCACGACGCGUCUCUGCAUGCCUGUCGGAUUACUCGCUAGCCAGUGACAGCGGAGUAUUUGAACCUCUAACCAAAAGGAAUGAAGAUACCGAAGAGUCUGCUUUUGGAGACACAUGUGGUAAUGACGACCCCCAGAUCCAUGUGGGAUUUCUGCAUGACAGUGCCAGCGAAUGUCUUCUUGUGCACGUGCUCCAGCUGAGGAACUUUGCUGGGCUGGUAAUGAAGGAAGACUAUAAAAUCCAUGUCCGCGUCUACUUGCCCCCGCUCGACUCUGGCACCCCCAACACUUACUGCUCGAAGGCUCUGGAAUUCCAAGCCCCGCUGGUGUUUAAUGAAGUGUUCAGAAUCCCUGUGCAUUCCAGCAUGUUGACGUUGAAGUCACUUCAAUUAUAUGUGUGUUCAGUGAAUCCACAGCUGCAGGAAGAACUGCUGGGCAUUGCUCAGAUUAACUUAGCCGACUAUGACAGUUCAGGCGACAUGCAGCUGCGCUGGUACCCUGUGCAGGUCUUCGCCAGCUCGGAGCCACCGAGAUGGAGGGAGAAUGGGCGUGCUGGGGAGAGUGUCUCACGGGACCCCGGGCAUGCCAACUUGGGGAAGACGGAUGCAGUGACAGUGCUGCUGGCUCGAACCACAGCACAGCUGCAAGCUGUGGAGAGAGAGCUGGCGGAGGAGCGGGUGAAGCUGGAGUACACUGAGGAGGAGAUCCUGGAGAUGGAGAGGAAGGAAGAGCAGGCCGAGGCCGUGUCUGAGAGGAGUUGGCAGGCUGACUCGGUUGACAGUGGCUGUAGCAACUGUACCCAGACCAGCCCCCCAUACCCAGAUCCGUGUUGUGUCAGUGUUGACUCCAUCCAUGGACAUACGUUUACUGCCCAGGCAGAUCCUUAUAACCCUGAGAAGCUUCAACCCCCACCUCUUAAGGUCGACAAGGAAACCAACACAGAAGACCUCUUCCCAGAAGAAGCAGUGAGUGUCCUGAAGGAGCGGCCCAGCCGCCGCACCUGUGGGGCACCUUUUGUUCGGAGCAGCACGAUUGUCCGCUCUCAGACCUUCUCACCUGGAGCGCGAAGCCAGUAUGUUUGCAGGCUUUAUCGUAGUGACAGUGACAGUUCAACACUGCCCAGGAAGUCCCCCUUUGUGCGAAAUACUUUGGAAAGACGAACCCUUCGCUAUAAACAGUCCUGCAGGUCUUCCCUGGCAGAGCUCAUGGCCCGCACCUCCCUGGACCUGGAGCUGGAUCUCCAGGCAUCUAGAACUCGGCAGAGGCAGCUGAACGAGGAGAUCUGUGCUCUCCGGGAGCUGAGGCAGAGGUUGGAAGAUGCCCAGCUCCGAGGCCAGACCGACCUUCCUCACUGGGUGCUCCGAGAUGAGCGGUUCCGCAGCCUGCUGAAGGAAGCAGAGAGGCAGACACGACAGACCAAACUUGACUACCAUCAAGAACAAGCAGCUGAGAAGAUGCUGAAGAAGGCCUCCAAAGAGAUCUAUCAGUUGCGUGGGCAAAACCACAAAGAGCCCAUCCAAGUGCAGACCUUCAGGGAGAAGAUAGCAUUUUUUACAAGACCAAGGAUUAACAUACCUCCUCUCCCAGCCGACGACGUUUGAUGUAGUGCGUUGUGCACAUGAAGUAUUUAUCUGCCUGUUUUAUUUUCAUGAAGUUCUUAGAUUAGCUAAAUUUGUCCUUAAAAUAUUUGUGCAAAGCUAUUAAUAUACACAUUUUGUAAAAAAACAUAUAUCUAUACAUAUAUAUUUUAUAAUAGUGACGGCAACAGGGCUUGGUUUUUCCUUGUUGUGAAUUUGACAUCUCUGAAGACAGGUUAUUUUAUAAAAGAUCAACUAUCAUGUUAAGAGUGUACAGUUUUUACACUGUUUUAUUUGACUUAAAGGCUGGAAGACAGAAACGAAGUGAGUUCAGGCAAAUUCACUGUAUUGUAAUUUAUUUAUAGUACUUUUUUCCUUGAAGGAAAAUACUGACUUUAAGAUGUAUUUUAAGACUGAAAUUUUGUUCUUCAGUAUUUGUCAUACAGUAGAAUGGAACUUGGGGCCGGUUUUGUUUCUGACACCCGAAACGCAAACACUAUGUGCUAAAUUUGUCACUUGUAUCAGUUUCUGAUAGGUGCAUUUACCAUGUAUAUUGUACACUUUCACUCUUUUUGUGUUAUGUUAAAAUAUCAACUGCAGUGGUUCAGUUGUAAUUCACAAGCCAUGUAUGCGUCGCAGGGCUCAGUGUCCAUUGUGUGCUGUGCACUGAUCGCUUCUCAUUGCUGUGUUGUCGUCUAAUGCAUCUUUCUGUGCUUACCACAAGUCUGAAGCCGGCAACAGAGCCUCCGGCAUCCCAGGUUUCAGCCUGCCUGUCCACAGUGGCCGUCCACACUGCCUACACUCAUCAGACCAUGUAUAGCCCUGCCUUUCCCACCCUUAGUGUGAUUCUAAAGCAGGAGGGUGGGGUGGCUCCUGCCCUGCUGCUGUUUUGCGAAGGAAAGUGAAGGGUACCUUGGAAUGCAUGUUUUUAGUGAAGCUGAGGUGGAUGCAGCAGUUAUGGCAUAGGCAUAACCUAGAAGGUGCUUCUUUGUGGAGAGAAGAACGUGUGAGUAACUAGAAUUACCCAGUGAGUCUUUUACAGGAGAGUAUUUGAGUUAAAUCAGAAUGCCCCCCUUAUUGGAAUCUACCCAAUAUUCCCCACAAGAUCUUAGAACUAGCUCAUGAGGAAAAAAAAUUAAUAAGAAUAUAAAAAUAAGCCAUUAGUCUUUUAAAUGCUAAAUGAUAUAAGUAGUUUGCCUAGUACAUAUUUAUUAUAUGUGAAAUGCACUCUCCUUCCUGAGGCCUCAGAUAAGUACACAAGUUCGGUCGCAGGAAAUGUCAAAGAAAGCAGAACUUUCUUUUCCUAGAUUUUUCUUCCCCUCCCUUGAAAAUAUCCCUUUUAAUCAGGUCUCUCUUCUCAUCAGUCUAUAACUUACCCCCUUAUGUAACCCAUUUUCCUUUACAUUUAUUAAAAAUUAAUUUUGUAAAAGCAUUUCAUUCACACGCGACCAAUCACAGACAAUGGAGUUUGUCAGUGGUGGUAAGACUGAAAACUUUAUGCUUUUCACUGUUGUCAUCUCUUGCUAUGUAUUCCUGCUUCUAGUCUUGCUUUUUUGGUUUUUGCUUUUUUUUUUUUUUUUUUUUUGCCAAUUCCUUUUUGUACGAAUCCACAACAGAGGUAGAGAUUGCAAGCUUUGGUCCUUAUGAGAAUUGCCAUUCGGCAGACAGCAUUGCUGGGCAGGCCCUCUUUCUGUGCCCCUAAGCUGUUGAAACUUUAAACUCCAAUCAGGAGCCACCUGCUCCUGGAUACUGGGGUCUGCACAGGGCAGAUCACUCAAGUCUCACCUGCAUAGUUCCCUCCACAUGGAGACAGUGCCCUGGACACAGGUACUACAUGCCACUUCUUAGCAACUGCCCCAGGAAGCUCUUUCUAAACUGGUCAGUGGAUUGAGACAAUUUUUCUGCCAACCCCUAUUAAGUAAUAGUACCAAUGUGGGGAAAACCCAUAGGGCCAAUAUAGAAAGCCCCCAGCCAAGUGUUUUCAACUAAGUGUCAUUGCCCAGUUGAUACAGAUUUCCAUGUGAGUGCUUCCCUCCUACUCUCAAGGUUUUUUUUUUUUUUUUAAAGAAUUUGCCCCACAAGAAACAAAUGCAGCCCCUGCUUUGAUGUCAGUCCAAGGAGCACUUGUGUCUGACAUCCUUCUGUCUCACCUCUCUCUGCCUCCCUAUCUGUUGUGUCUUCUUUUGCAUCUGGAGGGAACUGUACCAAGGAAAGAAAAUCGGAACUAAUGAAGGCGAGAUGAGCAGUUGUGUGAGAGACUGGUCCUAUCAGUCAGGAGGACAAGGAACGUCCUCAUUGUUUCUCAUUCAUGAUGUGGCUUGCUAGCAUCCAGUUAGUUACAACUGCCAGGCCCAGAAAAUGUAGCAAGUCAGACAUGUGAAGUGUUAUCAGCUUAGGGGUAUUUUCAUCUGCUGUUUAAAUUGGUGCAUAUACAGGGCCUUCUCAGAAAGAAAACUCUGCCAUGUUUUAUGAGCAGUUCUGGUCUAGAAAUGAUCAGAAUUCUGCCAUUAGGGUUUGUAGAAAUAGCACUGCGUGUAAAAGGGAAUUUGGUUUUUCAAUAUCUAAUCACUGCAUUGUCAGGCUUUGGUUGAUAAUUGCUGAAAUAAGUAACCUUCUGUUGUGGGAAUAAAUUAUAAUCAGUAUUCAUCUCUUUGUUUUUGUCACCAUUCUCUCUGAUUGUGUCAUUUGUAUUGUUUGAAAGUAUUUCUUCUAUAAAAUUAAACUAACCUGCCUUAAG